CCCCAUUAUUCUUUUCUGCUACCCUUGUCUCUAUCUUAGGGCUUAGGCUUUAUUAUCUUACAAAGAAAAUUCAAAAAUCAUAUAAAAUUGCAUAGACAUUUUUAUUUUUUGGGUAAGCAUAAGAAAGAAAAUUUUCCUUUGUAUCAAUUGACAAUAAUUUCGUAUUAUGUUACCCUCGGUUCUAAAUCUAAAGGGUUCACAUGAAACUAUGAAAGGGUUUCUAACUUUUUAUGACUUUCUUUUUUUUAGGCCUCUUUAAUCAUUAGUUUUCUUUUUUCUUUUCUUUUUUAAAAGAAGUUAGUUAAGUUUUUAUCACUCAAUCAUUCUUUGUUUGUAUCGGAUAAUUUUUCAUAACAAAUGAGAUAAAAACCUUUCUCCUCUUUGUUGAACAAAUUUAAACCUAGAGUUUUGCAGAAACCUCAUGUUUGUUUCAUCUUCUGAAACCUAGUUUUGUUUAAUAAAGGGGAGUGGGGACUUGGAAAGCUGGUUAGAGUUAGAUCUAAAGAGGGAUUUUUUUUAUCUUUUUUUUUUCUUCCCUGAAUUUUCGGAAUUUUCGUAUUUUUUUAUUUAUUUAACGGGGGGAUAUUGGCGAUUUUACUUAAUUUUUGUAUCAUCUGUAUGUCACAAAAUCGAGCACAUUUGUUGGCUGCACAAAAGGAGAAAAGGCGGACUUUGUAAUUUGGGUGCAGGUGAGCCUCUUAAUGGUUCUUUGACAUACUACCAUCUUGGAGUUCUGCUUUGAAAUUCUCUGGCCAAUGUCGCAAGUUUUGCUUGUCAGUGUUGAUGGGGACAGUGUACACGGGAACUUUGUCUAGUGAUGGAAAAUCUCAGAGACCUUCAUCGUCGUGUACUUCGUUUACUUUGAAGAGGAUCCAUGAUCCAAUGAGUUCGGUGCAAUCGAUGGAUGCUUCUGCGUUACCACAGAUACAUAUGGAUGGUCAAAGCUGUGCUGAUGAUGAUAUUGACAUUUCAAGGUCCCUUAGGCGCAGAACCUCGGUAAAUUAUGGGAUGUUUGAUGGGAGCUCAGGGGAAGAAUCAGACACCGAGGAAUUUAUUAAGGUACAAUCUUCGCAAAGGUGUUUGCCGAAAGGGGUUACUCGAGGAUGCAUAAACUGCACUGACUGCCAAAAGGUAUCUGCUAGAUGGCGUCCAGAAGAGGCACUAAGACCUAUAAUCGAUGAUGCUCCUGUUUUCUACCCAAGUGAAGAGGAGUUUCAGGAUACUGUUGCAUACAUUGCAAGCAUACGUGAGAAGGCAGAAAGAUAUGGCAUUUGCCGUAUCGUUCCUCCUCCUUCAUGGAAACCUCCCUGUCCCUUGAAAGAGAAGAACCUGUGGGAAAAUUCUAAAUUUGUCACUCGAGUCCAACGAAUAGACAAGCUUCAAAACCGUGAACCUAUGAAAAAAAGCCAUAUGAAUUGUGGCAAGAGGAAACGUGGGAGAAGUUCGAAAAUGGGGAUGACCUUUGGGCCUAACAAUUCAGACACAUCGGCUGACCAACAACAUGGAUUUGGUGAUGAGGGUAGAUUUGGGUUUGAACCAGGUCCAGGCUUUACUCUGGAUGCUUUUCAAAAGUAUGCUACUGAUUUCAAGAAGCAGUACUUUGGUAUCCAAAAUGGAGCUACAAAUACAAGCCCUGGAGAGAGCGAACUUCAAAAGAGUUGGGAACCUUCAAUGGAAAAUAUUGAAGGUGAAUAUUGGAGGAUGGUUGAGAAACCAACUGAAGAGAUUGAGGUGCUCUAUGGGGCUGAUAUAGAAACUGAAGUUUUCGGAAGUGGAUUUCCAAAGGCAUCCUUGGCAACAGCAGAUGCCGAAUCUUGUCAAUAUGUGCAGUCAGGCUGGAACUUAAAUAAUUUCCCAAGGCUUUCGGGUUCUGUGCUCUCUUUUGAGAAGGAUGAUAUUUCUGGUGUUUUAGUGCCUUGGUUAUAUGUAGGAAUGUGCUUUUCAUCAUUUUGCUGGCAUGUUGAAGAUCACCACUUCUAUUCGUUGAACUAUAUGCAUUGGGGUGCUCCAAAAUUGUGGUAUGGGGUCCCAGGAAAUAGUGCCUUGCAGCUGGAGAAAGCCAUGACGAAGCAUUUACCACAUUUAUUUGAGGAACAACCCGACUUACUUCAUAAACUUGUCACUCAAUUGUCGCCUUCAAUUUUGAAAUCUGAGGGUGUUCCGGUUUAUCGCUGUGUUCAACAUGCUAGGGAGUUUGUCCUCACCUUUCCUCGAGCAUAUCAUGCAGGGUUCAAUAGUGGUUUCAAUUGUGCAGAGGCUGUAAAUGUGGCCCCAGUUGAUUGGUUGCCUCAUGGGCAGAAUGCGGUUGAGCUUUAUUGUGAGCAACACAGGAAGACAUCAGUGUCCCAUGACAAGCUGUUGUUGGGGGCAGCGAGAGAAGCUGUUAGGGCACAUUGGGAACUUCAAUUGUUAAGAAAAAACUCAUUGGACAACUUGAAAUGGAAAAGUGUUUGUGGAAAGGAUGGAAUAUUAACCAACGCCCUUAAGGAUCGUGUUGAGUUGGAACGUGUAAGGAGGGAAUAUCUUUGCAAUACUUCACAAGGGAAGAAGAUGGAUGCCAACUUUGAUGAGACAACCGAGCGAGAAUGCUUUACUUGCUUUUAUGAUCUGCAUCUCUCUGCCGCAGGAUGUGAAUGUUCUCCAGAACGUUUUGCAUGCUUGAAUCACGCAAAGCAACUAUGCCAAUGCCCUUGGGAUAAGAAAUUCUUCCUCUUCCGCUAUGAAAUGAAUGAGUUAGGAAUACUUGUGGAUGCCUUAGUAGGGAAAUUAAGUUCUAUAUACAGAUGGGCAAACAUGGAUCUUGGCCUGUCCUUGAGCUCCUAUGUAAAUAAAGAUGUCGAACCUCAAAAAUCUAAACCGCAAACUACUUCAGAAGAAGCACAACAUAAAGAUGUAUUGAUCGUGAAAGAUGAAAAUUCUCUUUGUUCCCGUGGUAAGGGAGAAAUUCCUGAAAUAAAGAAUGGACCAUUGGUUUCAAGCUUGAGCUUACAAGAAUCGAAUACAUCCUCUUCACCUCUAAGAGCAGGAGUAGAGAAUCAAAACUCCAAGUCCGUAGAAAAGUGCUCAGGUGCAGAUCAAUCCUAUGCAGAAGCCCCAGUUUGUGGGCCUUUACAGGAAAACUUAUCACAACCGGUUGUGAUGCGAAGCAAUCUAGAGAACCCAGUUAGUAAUGAAAUAAUGGUAAACAAAACUUCGUUCUCUAGGAAAGUUGAUCUUAUACUUAUUGAUGAUGAGGGAGGAAGUGAAGAGCAAGAUAGCUCACAUAUGGACUCAAAGAAGGUCCCCCCACCAAUGAAGGUUGCAGAGCAUUCUGAAAGGUUGAUGCAUUGUGACAAUACUGUAGGUUCUACUGAUUUUAAAUGCAACCUAGUUGCUUAUUCACCAGGAACUAAUGCGUGCCCUAUGAUCAAAGAGGAAGUUGAAUGGCUAUAUACUUGUAUGCAAAAGCUGAAUGGUUUAUCACAUCGAAAGAACAUGGAUUUUGGAGGCCAAAUAAAAGAUGGAAUGUACAGGGAGAAUGAUUGUAUGAAACCCAAUCAUAGUUACUCGUCUUUCCCACAGAAACUUGGCAGUGAUCAAAUUUCCUUUCAGUUUCCUCCUGAAAAGGAUGCAGAUGGAUUUUCACCCAUUAGAGAACCCAAUUAUAAUUAUAAAGUUGGCAUGGGCGUUGGUGAAACAUGCCCCCAUAUUCAGCCACCAUAUGUCUUUGCAAAAUCAAAUGAAGUCGGUAAACGUGAAGGUACGGCGUAUAACAUGUGUUCGAGACCUACAGAUAAUGGACCAAAGGCGCAAUCUUCUGUUGGGCCAAUCCCAUCCUGUGUGAUGGACGAUUCAACAAGAAGUUCUGGCCAAAAGGGUCCUCGCAUAGCUAAAGUGUUGAGGAGGAGCAAUUACAACAUUGAGCAUUUGGAUUAUGGAGUUGUGCUACCUGGAGAUUUAUGGUGUUCUAGCCAAGCUAUAUUUCCUAAUGGAUUUAAAAGCCGAGUUAGAUUUUUAAGUGUGUUGGAUCCAACAGAAACGUGCUACUAUGUUUCAGAAAUUCUGGAUGCGGGAACUGAUGGGCCUUUAUUUAGGGUUACAGUUGAGCACUGUCCAAGUGAGGCUUUCAUACAUACAUCUCCUGGAAAAUGCUGGGACAUGGUGAUAGAAAGACUGAAUCAAGAGAUUAUGAAGCAUAGAACCCUUGGGAAGACAAACCUCCCCCAUUUACAUCCUCCUAUAAAUGGACUAGACAUGUUUGGCCUCUCCUUUCCAGCCAUUGUUGAGGCCAUAGAGGCACUUGACUAUGAUCGUGUGUCCAAAGCGUACUGGCGUUCAAGGUUACAUAGGGACCAAGUUCCGGAAAGAGUAAAAGUCCCUGCCGUAGCUCCUAAACAUUUAACCCCAAUCUUAAACUACGAACCAAAGAAAGCAGUUAGGAUUGAUGUCAAUAACCAAGGAGGCCUUAACCAGCCCUCAAUGGAUCCUGUUGAAAUCAUUUGUAGUAACUUGUUCAAGAAAGCCAACAUGGAAGAACUACAGAUGAUGAAAAGCGUGCUUGCCAGCGAAUUUCGAAGCCCGAAAUGGAAGACUGCCUUUUUAGCUCUUAUGAAAGAGAUGAAGAGAAGAUAGUGCAGUUCCGGUUGGUCACUUCAAGGUGAUCAUUUCACAGGGAAGCUGUCCUCAUAAUUUUUUGUCGUCUCAAUAAUUUUUUGUAACAUGAUUUUGUAAGUGGAGCAUCAUUAUGCUUCUAGCUCAUGUUCAUAGCCUUCACCUUGUAAAUUAGUUCUCUCUUAUAAUGAAAUAUCCAUUGACAAAGAAUAAUUGAAGCAGCCAUGAUUGGAUAACGUAUACUAUGCUGUUUUAUUUGUGGAACAAGGACAGUUGCAUAAUUAAAGAAGCCAUGUUUGGGGUUACUUA